UGUCACGCUCUGGUAUCUAGUCUUGCGCGGAGCAUAUGGAGGAUUCAUUCAGCAUCCCGAAGUGACACUCAUUGUGUACAUGUGUGUAAAGAAUACACACCUUUCAGCCGAAUCUACACACAAUGGAGGAUGUUUCUGAUCUGAGGCAAAACCCAAAGUGGAGUCAAGAAGUUUCAACAGACAAUUUGAAUUUUUUCACAAUCUGACCAAAGUGAGACCUUCGAUCAGUGAGAAUGUCUUCCUCUCCUGGCAUCAGGGCUCGGGAGAAUGUGGACAUGAUGUACAUCUCCAUUGAGACGGCUAUUGCCCUGGCCUCUGUUCUGGGGAACGUGCUGGUGGUGCUGGUGGUGUGUGUGAACCGGGCUCUCCGCGACACCACGUUCUCCUUCAUCGUGUCUCUGGCGGUGGCUGACAUCGCCGUGGGAGUUCUGGUCAUCCCCCUGGCCAUCAUCAUCAGCCUGGGAUUCAACACUGAGUUUUACACCUGCCUCUUCCUCUCCUGCCUGCUGCUCAUCAUCACCCAGAGCUCCAUCCUCUCGCUGCUGGCCAUCGCCAUCGACAGAUAUCUCAGAGUCAAGAUUCCCAUCAGGUACAACACCAUCGUGACCCAGGGGAGAGCCUAUGUGGCCGUCUGUCUGUGCUGGAUCCUCUCCUUCCUCACUGGGUUGGUUCCAAUGCUUGGCUGGAAUAACCGUGAAGCCCAAGGGAACCUCAGCACUUCCAGCCAAAUUGUGUGCGAGUUCACCACGGUCAUGAGGAUGGACUACAUGGUGUACUUCAAUUUCUUUGGCUGGGUGGUGGUACCGCUGACCAUAAUGAUCGCCCUGUAUGCUGAGAUCUUCCGGGUGAUCCGGCAGCAGCUGAACCGACGUGCGGAGGCCACGUGCGAUGGAGAGCGGUACUACCGGAAGGAGCUGAGGCUGGCCAAAUCCCUGGCCUUGGUGGUCUUCCUCUUUGCCGUGUGUUGGCUGCCGAUACACAUCAUGAACUGCAUCGACUUCUUCUGCCCAAAGUGUGACAUACCCAAGUCCGCCAUGUACGUGGGGAUUUUCAUGUCCCACGUGAACUCAGCCCUCAACCCAAUGGUGUAUGCGUUCCGGAUAAAGCGGUUCCGAAUGACACUGGUGCAGGUCACUCGGCGUUGCAUGUUGUGUAAACCUGCAGAGCCCACCCCGUGCCCCAACAGAUCACCAGCCCUGACGAAGAAAGUGGAUGCAAACCUGUGACGAGGACUGGAGGUUUUCUGAGUUCAUCUCUCACAGUGUUCAUCACUCACAGUGAGACAUAGCUGUGAUUUUGGGAUUAUGUGAUAUUGGGAAUAUCAACCCAUUAGCAGAGACACCAAAGCACUCAGCUGAGUCAUGAAGCCAAUUAAUUUUUGACUCAUUCCCAUUUUUCGGAGAAAAUGAUUCUGCCAUCAAGGAAAACAAAAAAAUCCCCCCCAUCAUCCAUCGUUCUGCAUUAAUACGUUUUCUCUCAAAGUCUUCUUAAUCAAUUCAUAUUGAAUUAUCAUAUGUACGUAAACAUAAGUAAUGCGAAAAGCAUUUCAUGUUCAAAAAGCUUGUCAG